UUGGCUCGCCCGGGAGGAGCUGCGCGGGUCCCGCUCACUCCCGCACUCCUGCCCCCGCUCUCGGCCCAUCCCGGGUUGUAUUUGCCCGUCCCGUCCCAGGCUGUUUGCCCCUCCCGGCUGUGAGAGGGGCACCUGGAACACCCAGGUGUUCCCGGGAUACAUGCCCGUGUCCUUGGCGGGGCACAGCCCCGGGUGCUGCUCAGGUGUCACUCGCCCCCACGGCUGCACGGGCAGCUGCUCGGGGGAGUGUUUAUUACUACAGUUGUAUAAAGCCGUCGAACAGAUGAAGUACUUAGGCAAAAAAAAAAAAAAGUACUAGUUUUUGCCAGCUUUCCCUUGGAUAAAGGUAACUUUUUUAUGGCUUGAGGAUUUCUUGUUCUGAACUUCGGCUACGUGGCAGCUCCAUUCUGACCUAAAUGAAAGGGCAAUGUUUACCGAGUUGGCUUGAAUUUCCAAAGUUAAAAAAAAUCGGUUUUUAAAUUGCUUUUUCGAAAUAAAAAGUCUUAGUAGGGCUUUAAUUGUUCUAAUGGAAACAGUUUUCCAGAAGAACCCUGGGGGGUUUAUUUAUAUACCAUACAUGCUUGUAAAACUCAGUUGUUAUUUACUUACCUGCAUGUUUGGUUGUUUUUGUUGUGUUAAUGACUGAUCAGAUAGUGCGAAAAGAAAAUGAGGCUUUUGGGGUCUCUAAAGGAUUGUUUAAAGACUGGUCUGAUUCACUUGGCCUUAAAAGUUCAAUGUAUGUAUAGUAUUGAUUUGCAAGUUCCAUGAUUAAGACGGUCCACUAAAAGAGUUUUUACGUUGUGGCCGAUGAUGAUUAUUAACAGAGUGCUGUUAUCUGAAAGCUGAUUGACAAAUGUAGCCAUAGAGCUUUACAAAAUCAAGCCUGGGACCUGCAUGUCUGGAGUGUGUGAAUCCCGAGCCCCACAGCAGCACACGAACUUUGGGGUUCCCCCUGCAGGCUCAGGCCCUGUGGCUGCGGAAAGCAUUUGGGUGGUUUUAAAUGCUUGAGUCUUAAUUGCUGCUGCAGCGACUUUGUUGUUAAAUGUAUAAAAAAGUGGCUUUUGUGCAGUGACAGAUUAUUGUCGUUCCUUCUUUCCCUGUUCAUAGAAAUUUGUCUAGAGAUUUGUUCACAGAGCUUUAUAUAAUAACUGAAGAAACUUAGUCAAGAAAUAAACAUUAUUUUAGUUGAAAAGUUUUUCUAAUAAUAGAGUUGAUUUAAAAAUCAAAUUUUAUGUAUAAUCUUUCAGGUAACGUUCAUAUCUAAAACUAAAAAUCACGUUCUUGUUUUUCAAGUUUACUGCUGUAUCUUUAUAAGUAUGUUGAAAUUUAUGUAAACUUCAGAGCUCUUCUAUUUCCUUUCUGGCCCUGUCAGAAGGAGUCAUAGUCGGGAUAAUCAUAGAAAAUGACUGAAACUCCCCCAGUUAUGUGGUUUGGCUGAGGCCUGUGCUGGAGAGUCCCAGCUCACAAACAGCACUGUUUUGUUUGGCAUUAUUAUUUUCCAAGUAUGAUGCUUGGAUAAGAUAUAGUAAAGGUGGAGUACCUGAACUGCACGAAUGACUCAUGUUUUAUAGCCAACAACAGUGUAUCAUUUAAGACCCAAUCCUGUAGGGGGUAAUCCAUAUCUUCAUGUUUAUGUAUAUUAAAUUAUGAAUUACGUUUUUGCCAGUAAAGCCAAAUUUUAUUGAGAAUUUUUUAUUUUUCUUCCUUGAACAAUAAAAUACUGUUUCAUUUGUUAGCAACAAAUUAUUAGGAUCCUCUGAUUAGGACUAGAUUAUAAAGAUAUUCAGCAGUUGACCAGUCUGAACUCCCUGAAAUUUUAGUUGCUUUAAAAAAUGUAAACUUCUUUAAAAAUUUGGAAAAACUUGUAAUCAUAAUUACAAACACUGUUUUCUUUUUGUACAUUCCAAAGUGGAAGAUGUUUUACUUUAAAUAACUGAGAUAUUAAGUGCCAUAAGUAAUAUAUAUGACUGCAAGAAACAUCCUGGUGUAGAUUUCACAUGGGAUAAAAGCAGCACUAUGCACAAGCAGAGCUUUAGCUCUCUGCACUCACUAUUACUUAACACUUUUGUAUGCACCAGUUAAAUCAUUGUUUUUGUUUAAUCUUGAAAUAGAUUUUAUUCAUCACCUCUUGAUGUUAGUAGCGAAUUUCCUAUUAAAUAACAAACCUAAUGACAAAUAUCCAAAAGAUGCACUUUUUGUAGACUGUGUCCUUUUACUCAAAUAAGUUUUGUGGAAGCAAAAGCAUAAUAAAGCCAAGAGGUCAGUGUAGAAGAAGGAAACAUAAGAUGAAAUGAAACUUUGUGCUGUGCACUCUGUCAUGUUAAUAACUCCACUAACAUUGCUUUCACUUAAUUUAAUGCUGGUUGCCUUUAACAUUUACUAAACAGUUUUGAAAAUUACUGUAGCUUAGCCUGAGACGUUUGUGAUUAGCUGCACCACUUUGAAAUGGCCAAUUUGGAUGAUGACAGAGCCUUCUCUGCGCAUGCUUUUUUAAACUUUGGUUCAAUUUAUGAGCCACUUAAAAGUAUUAACCUUCUAAAGCCAGAGGGGGAAAGUCUAUGGGAUAAAUUAAAUCAUUACUAUAGAAUUGUUAAAUCGACUUUGCUGCUCCAUCAGAGCCCAACCACAGGUCUGUUUCCUACCAAGACCUGUGUGGAUAACCAAAAGGCAAAGGUACACGACAGUCUUUACUGUGCUGCCUGUGCCUGGGCAUUGGCCCUUGCUUACAGGCGUAUUGAUGAUGACAAGGGGAGGACUCAUGAGCUGGAGCAUUCUGCUAUAAAGUGUAUGAGAGGAAUUCUCUACUGCUACAUGCGACAGGCUGAUAAGGUUCAGAAAUUUAAGCAAGACCCCAAACCAUCUGCAUGUCUGCAUUCUGUGUUCAGUGCACACACUGGAGAUGAGGUGUUGUCCCAUGAGGAGUAUGGGCACCUUCAGAUCAAUGCCUUGUCAUUAUUUCUCCUCUAUUUGGUUGAGAUGAUCUCUUCGGGGCUGCAGAUUAUCUACAACACAGACGAGGUGUCCUUUAUCCAAAACCUUGUGUUUUGUGUGGAGAGGUCCUAUCGUGUACCAGAUUUUGGUGUCUGGGAAAGAGGAAGUAAAUACAACAAUGGCAGCCCAGAGCUGCAUUCAAGCUCCGUGGGGCUGGCAAAAGCAGCUUUAGAAGCAAUUAAUGGUUUCAAUCUCUUUGGAAAUCAGGGCUGCUCUUGGUCUGUUAUAUUUGUGGAUUUUGAUGCCCAUAAUCGUAACAGGCAGACUCUGUGUUCGCUGCUGCCCCGGGAGUCAAGGUCUCAUAAUACUGAUGCAGCCCUUUUGCCCUGUCUUAGUUACCCAGCAUUUGCUUUGGAUGAUGAGGUUUUGUUUGGUCAAACACUAGAUAAAAUUAUCAGAAAACUGAAAGGAAAAUACGGGUUUAAAAGGUUUCUGAGAGAUGGGUACAGAACAGCCCUGGAGGACAGAACCCGGCGGUACUACAAACCAGCAGAGAUCAAGCUUUUUGAUGGCAUUGAGUGUGAAUUCCCUCUUUUUUUUAUUUUCAUGAUCAUCGAUGGCGUUUUUAAAGGAAAUCCUGCACAGGUAAAGGAAUAUCAGGAUCUUCUGGACCCUUUGCUUCAACAUACACCUGAAGGCUGUCCUGUGGUGCCCAAGUAUUACUAUGUGCCAGCUGAUUUUGUUGAAAUGGAAAAGAAGAGCCCUGGCAGUCAGAAGCGGUUUCCCAGUAACAAUGGCCGGGAUGGAAAGUUGUUCCUGUGGGGCCAGGCCAUGUACAUCAUUGCCAAACUCCUGGCUGACAAGUUAAUAAGUCCUAAGGAUCUGGACCCUAUUGGACGGUACGUAGCUCCCCAAGACCAGCGGAAUGUGAGCAUGAGAUUUUCAAAUCAGGGUCCUUUAGAAAAUGAUUUGGUAGUACAUGUGGCCCUCAUAGCAGAAAGUCAGCGCUUACAAGUUUUUCUGAACACAUAUGGAAUCCAAACUCAGACCCCCCAGCAGGUGGAACCAAUUCAGAUAUGGGCUCAAAAAGAACUUGUCAAAGCUUACUUUCAUUUGGGAGUCAAUGAGAAACUGGGAUUAUCUGGAAGACCGGACAGACCUAUAGGGUGCCUUGGAACAUCAAAGAUCUAUCGAAUACUGGGGAAGACGGUAGUUUGCUACUCCAUCAUUUUUGAUCUCAGUGAUUUCUACAUGUCUCAGGAUGUUAUGAUGUUGAUUGAUGACAUUAAGAAUGCCCUGCAGUUCAUUAAGCAGUACUGGAAGAUGCACGGUCGGCCCCUGUUUGUGGUGCUUAUCCGUGAGGACAAUAUAAGAGGGAGCAGAUUCAGCCCAAUAUUAGAUAUGUUGGCAGCCUUUAGAAAGGGAGUUGUUGGAGGAGUGAAAGUUCAUGUUGACAGAGUACAGACAUUAAUAUCUGGAGCAGUUGUUGAACAACUUGACUUCCUAAGAAUCACUGAAACUGAAGAGGCUCCUGUAUUUAAGAGUUUGGAGGAGUUGGAUCUCCCAAAACAUUCAAAAGUCAAGAGACAGUCUAGUACUCCAAAUGCUUCUGAACUUGAGCAGCAACCAGAUGUAAAUAUUAAUGACUGGAAAAACAAGUCAACAUAUGAGAUCCUGCAGAAACUUAAUGACUGCAAUUGCCUAGCAAGUCAAGCGUUACUCUCGAGUAUAUUGCUUAAAAGGGAAGGACCGAAUUUUAUCACCAAGGAAGGUACUGUUGCUGAGCAUAUUGAAAGAAUCUAUAGACGAGCUGGCAGCAGAAAGCUCUGGUCUGUUGUGCGCUUCGCAGCAAGUCUUUUAGGUAAACUAGUGGACAGCCUUGCACCAUCUAUUACUAAUGUUUUAGUUCAGGGCAAGCAGGUGACACUUGGAGCUUUUGGCCAGGAGGAAGAAGUUAUUUCUAACCCCUUAUCCCCAGCAGUGAUUAAGAACAUAAUCUAUGAAAAAUGCCAUUUACAAGAUGAAAGAGAAGCCGUAGUUCAGCAGGAACUUGUCAUACAUAUUGGCUGGAUCAUCUCAAAUUCACCUGAGCUGUUCAGGGGCAUGCUGAAGAUACGGAUUGGAUGGAUUAUUCAUGCUAUGAAAUAUGAACUGAAAAUCCGUGCUGGGGAUAUGCCAGCCAAGGACUUGUACCAGAUGUCCCCUAGUGAAGUGAAGCAGCUUCUGCUGGAUGUCCUUCAGCCACAGCAGCCGGGCAGGAGCUGGCUGAACAGGAGGCAGAUUGAUGGUUCCCUCAACCGAACUCCGGCCGGGUUCUAUGAUCGGGUGUGGCAGAUCCUCGAGAGGACCCCCAAUGGUUUGAUAGUGGCAGGGAGAUUCCUGCCACAGCAACCAACCUUAUCGGAUAUGACGAUGUAUGAAAUGAAUUUUUCCCUUCUGGUUGAAGAUAUGCUGCAAAACAUCGACCAGCCACAAUAUAGGCAAAUUAUUGUAGAGUUGCUGAUGGUUAUAUCUGUAAUUCUGGAGAGAAAUCCUGAGCUAGAGUUCCAAGACAAAGUGGACUUGGACAAAGUGGUGCAAGAAGCAUUUCAUGACUUUCAGAAGGAUCAGAGCAGUCCAAAUCAAAAUGACAUGACUGCUUUCUACAACACCAGCCCACUUGGGAAGAAGGGAACGUGCAGCUACUUGAGUAAAGCUGUGAUCACCUUAUUGCUGGAAGGGGAAGUGAAACCAAGCAAUGAUGAUCCCUGUACCAUCAGCUGAAGCUUUGAAACACAAAAAGGAUUUGUUGCUUUACUUAGUGUUCUAUGUAUUUUUCAAGCAUAUAUUAAAAUACUGUUUUGAAGAGUAACCCUGGCUAGCAAUACAAAUGCAUAUUAUCCUUUGCUGAAAGAAGUGCCAUUAAAGAUACCAAGUGCCACCUAAUUUUUUUCUUUCUCAACUAUGCAGCAUGUAACUGAGCACAUGAAGUUAGUGCGAUGAUAAUUGGUGAAGUUCAAUAAGAAUGUAUUUAUGAUCUUAAUUAUGCACUUAAUGUAGCUGGUUAACUUCAAAAGAAAAGCAGUUUUUGUCUUUAUACCUCUAUUUAUUUAUAAUUACAAACAAGUUUAUUGUAAAUUCUAAAUGAAAUUCAGAAAAUACCAUAAUUAACGUGCAUACCAGUCAGUAUGGAAAUACAAACACUGGAUUAUUUUCUUACUAUUUUACACACGAAUUGUAGCUGAAGGUUAAAGAGCUGUUAUUCAUUCAAGGUUUUCUGAAUCAGUUAAAUUGACAGCAUUCUUUUAAGGUGUUUUUUUUUAAUUUACCAAUUGGUAACUUGAUAUACAGGUUUCAUCCUAAUAGAGCAACUUUUUAUCUCUAGCAAUACAUAUCAUUGCAGUUUCCCAACUGUAGUUUAAACAUGUGCAAGUUAACAAGGGAAAUGUAUGGUAACAAGAUAAAAGUUUGUAUUAAAAAAAAGGGCAAACAAGCUGUAUUUAAAAUUAACGUCAAUGAAGAAAUAAGUUUGUAUUACAUAUGCUACCUUUGCAUUAAAAAAUUCAAAAUCCACUUAUUUAUCUCCUAAAUGUGCGAAAAUACUGUAUGCAAUAUGCUUUAUUUUGGUGAAAAAAAUAAAAAGCAAAUGCUUGUAAAAAAACCUGUCAAUAAAAAUACUUUAAGU